AACAGUUAGAUGAAAGAAGACUCAGCACUCACUCGCUCACUUCCUGGCGGUGGUAGCAAGGACCUCCAAGGUUGAAGCUUCCGUUGCCAGUGCCUGAUCACCCAUACACGCUGCCUCCUCUCCUUCUAACCACAAGUAAAGGUAACCUUCCCUGCUUGCCGCUUUUGCGGAUUGCCUUAACUUUUUUUUCUUUGCGGUGGGGAGAAUGAUGAAGAAAACACAUGAUUAAUGAGCGUGGAGGACCAGUAGAAGGGAGGACGAGGCGGUGUGUGACAACUGAGGCAGUGGUAUAUAAGGUUUGCUGAGCAGCUUCAUCGGCAGAGUUCUCACUCGUCUCCACUUCUUUACACGACCAAACAUGAGGGUUCUGUUGGCUUUUGCUGGCGUGGUGCUGCUGCUGGGCGUGUGCUCUGGGGCGCCCGACCUGUCUUCCCACUCCUCCAAUGGUAACGGCCACGGAGGAAACGGAGGUGGACACGGAUGCAGCGGAUGCCACGGAGGAGGCAACGGGUUUGGCAGCAACGGCAACAACGGAGGCAACGGCCGCUAUGACGGUUCCAAUGGCGGGUUCAACGGUGGAUCUAAUGGCGGCUCCAACGGUGGCUCAAAUGGAGGUUAUGGUUCCAACGGGGGUUCCAACGGCGGUUUCAAUGGAGGUUUUAACGGCGGCCACGCCGGUACAAACGGCGGUUCCAACGGCCGUCCCAUCACCUAUGGCAAGUGAACCAAAUGACUCCAGAUGACAAACACACGACAGGAAGAUGAAAGGGAAGAACUAUUGUAACCUAAUCAUUCUCCCUCUCUCUCCCUCUCUCUCUCUCUCUCUCUCUCUCUCUCUCUCUCUCUCUCUCUCUCUCUCUCUCUCUCUCUCUCUCUCUCUUUCUCUCUCUCUCUCUGUCUGUCUGUCUGUCUGUCUGUCUGUCUGUCUCCCUUCAUGUAUUUGUGUCCCUGCGUGUGUAUCAAAGCCAGCCGUGUAAGCAUUACCGAUGGCAAUGAUGAGUCAGUAUCAAAACGAUCAAUAAAAUUUGCUGUUUGUA